AAAACCACUUCACAAAUCUUCGGCAUUCGCUUGGAUAUCUCACCACUACACAGACGUCUAGCAUUAAGUCUUUAAAAUAACUACGCAAUUCCAGCAUUGUAUUAAUCAGGAGUCCCACAGAUGGCGUUACUUGCAUCUCAUAUACCUGUGUUAUACUGCAUGCUGUACUAUCGAGGCGCCAGACACAACUAUACUUCCCAGCUACUGCGCCCUUUCCCAGAUUUUAGCAUCGACUUAACCUCGAAGAAUGACGCCUUGAGCGAAGAAACCGGCUUUGGGAGAAGGUCGUCCACUGAGAGACCAUGGGUCUACCACAAUCGAAAGAUCGAUCUCAAUAAAGUUUGUUCUAACCAACAAGGAGCUGAUCCAAAAGCAAUCAAAGCUACCGGGCACCAAGACUCGAGCGACAGGUGUACAUUCAGGCACCCAGACGAGGUCCGGAGAGCUUUGCCCACAAGAUUUGUAUCAGAAGAAGACCUGCAGACAAUCACGUCACAGAUUCAAACAUCUGCUGCAAGAGAAGAGCACCUGAGCAAGAUUAAUUAUGUGGUGAGAUUGGUUGUGAGGCCUAAAAAGUCAGAGGCGUUGACAGAGGCGUUGGCAGAGGCGUUGACAAACGGAGAUUGUAGAUCCUGUGAAACGGUGAUUGGUUAUGAGGUUGUGACGGAAGUGAGCGACUUCAAGGGAGUGAACUUUACAGUUGUCAACUUCAAUAAUGGCUACCAAUUUAUCGCCACUGGCCGGUGUCUCAAUGAAAAUGCCCCUUGCAGAAGUGGAAGCCGGGCAAGGUGCAAACAAAUCUACAAGGCCCACUGGACAUUGGUUUGGACUAAUGAACUUGGAGCUCAACUUGUUGCCCACGAGGUGCCAUCGCACUGCGAAUGUAUAAACUUUGGCAGCGCCACCUACCCGAUCUCAGCCCAAUCUAACUCUGGGAAUGUGGACACAACAUUGGACAUUGUUUCCAAACCUUAAGGAAUUCAAGCCUUGGUGUAUUAAAGCUAAAGAUAAUAAAAUAAAAUAAAGAAU